AUGGCAACAUAUCACCCCCUCAUCCACCAACACUGGCUGCCGGUCAAGUCCCGGAUUCAGUACAAAACACUCCUCCUCACGUACAAGUCCCUCCAUACCCUCGCCCCCCAGUACUUAUUGGACCUCCUCCAUCCCUACACCCCUUCUCGGAGUCUGCGGUCCUCAGACACGGGCCUGCUCUCCAUCCCCUGCUCUUGCCUCCGAACUGUUGGCGACAGGGCGUUCAGUGUUGCGGCCCCCCCCCUCUGGAAUUGGGUGGGUCUUCAUAGGCCUGUGCCCACUCCCAGCAGGCCCAGGGGCCCCUCUAGCAGCCGCACUCUGCCACUGACUUACAGUGAUGGUCUGCAGAGGUCCCAGCGGUCCACUCAACCGUCUACCAAUGACUUUCGUGCCCGCGGUCGCCGGCCCUCUAGGCAGCCCCGUGCCCCAGAGCCUUACCGCCGCCCCCCCAAGGGGCCAGAUAGUCUCCUGUAUGCCUUCCCGCAGCUGCCGCUGUUAUUACAGACGCUUCCUUACUCAGGCUCCUUCUCGUCGCCCCCCGCUGGCCGGGAGACUCAGGGGUCAGAUCUGGCAUCCCAACCCGCACCGCCUUCGGCUCUGGGCUUGGCCUCUGCGGGGCCCAACCCACUGUUGAGCGUUGUUACGGCAUCUGUCAGGGAAACCAUCCUGAAUGUCAGAGCACCAUCCACUCGCGCAAAGUACGAGUGCAAAUGGAAGCUCUUCUCCCACUGGUGUUUGAGUAAGGCUGAGAAUCCGGGACAUUGCUCCGUGGCCACCGUUUUAGAGUUCCUGCAGUCCCUUCUGGAUAGUGGACGUUCUCACUCCACUUUGAAGGUGUAUAUGGCUGCUAUCUCUGCCCAACAUGUCGGAGUCAAUGGCGCCACAGUGGGGCGCCACAGGUUGGUGUCCCUCUUUCUAAGAGGGGCUCUACGGCAGCGUCCCCCUAGCACCCCAAGGGCCCCGGCUUGGAACCUGCCCCUAGUGCUGGAUGCCCUAUCAUCUCCUCCCUUCGAGCCCCUGGCCCAGGUUGGGCUUAAGUGGCUGUCCCUGAAGGCAGCAUUUCUGCUUGCCAUAACCUCAGGGAAGCGGGUCGGAGAGCUUCAUGCCCUCUCCGUAAGCAGUACAUGCCUGAGGUGGAACUCCGAUGGUUCCUGUGUUGCCCUCUGGCCGAAGUCGUCCCCGCCGGUGACAGGGCUAUCGUUACACGCUAACACAGUUGUUUGGUACACCCUGUCGGCGACGAACCUCUCUCGUGUUGGGAAGGAUUCACGGCGGUACCGUUUGCUUCUCGACGAGACUGGCGGCCGCCAUACGUCGCGGCAUCGUAGUUUGCAUGCGAGAAUCCGUGCGUGUCCCCGUGUCGUUGAGCCCGCACGCCGAGAGGACACCCCUGAAAUUUCGCACGGUCCGACCUACCCCGGGCUAACCUCACCGUUCACCCUUCGUGGGAACCCGUCNGUUUGGCACAACGCCGCGGUCGUCUUGCCAUUGGUGGAUCAGUACUUUAAAAACCACAGGCUGUACUUCCUCUCCACAGCCAUCCAUCCAAUCAGCAGCGGAGGCCACGCCUCCAACAAGGAGAAGGAGAUGGUGACCAGUCUUUUCUGCAAACUAGGAGUUCUUGUCAGACAUAGGAUAUCCUUAUUUGGAAACAAUGCCACCUCCAUAGUCAACUGCCUGCAGAUACUGGGACAAAGCCUGGACGCCAGGACAGUGAUGAAGACUGGUCUUGAGUCAGUGAAGGCAGCGCUGCGGUUGUUCUUUGAAAGUGCAGCAGAGGAUCUGGAGAAGACUCAGGAGAACCUGAAGCUGGGCCAGUUCACCCACAGCAGGGAGCAGCCGCGGGGGGUCACUCAGAUCAUCAACUACACCACCUUCGCCCUGCUGCCCGUCCUCUCCUCCCUGUUCGAACACAUCGGACAGAACAUGUUCGGAGAAGACCUCAUAUUGGAUGAUGUCCAGGUUUCCUGCUACAGAAUCCUCUACAGCCUCUACCUUUUAGGAACCAACAGAAGCAUCUAUGUGGAGAGACAGCGCCCAGCUUUGGGGAAGUGUCUAGCUGCCUUCUCAGCAGCCUUUCCUGUGGCCUUCCUCGAGCCUCACACCAACAAGUUCAACAGCUUCUCCAUCUUCAACAGCAAAGGAGCUAAAGACAGGGCAGCUCUAGGUCUUCCCGGGCAGGUGGGGGAGGUUUGUCCUCUGAUCCCAAACUUAGAAAAGUGUCUGGAGGAGAUCAUGGAGUUGGCAGAGUCUGGCAUGAGAUACACUCAGAUGCCCCAUGUCAUGGAGGUGGUGUUGCCGAUGUUGUGCAGCUACAUGUCUAACUGGUGGGAACAUGGACCAGAGAACAACCCAGACAAAGCUGACAGCUGCUGCACCUCUGUGACCUCUGAACACAUGAACACUCUGCUGGGAAACAUUCUGAAGAUCAUCUACAACAACCUGGGAAUAGAUGAGGGGGCCUGGAUGAAAAGACUAGCUGUCUUCUCUCAGCCAAUCAUCAGCAAGGCCAAAGCCCAGCUGCUCAAGACCCACUUCCUGUCUCUGAUGGAGAAACUCAAAAAAAAAGCAGCAGUGGUGCUGAUGGAUGAGGAACAGAGCAAGGUGGAGGGGAGGGGGGAGAUGUCAGAGACAGAGCUCCUCAUCCUGGACCAGUUCACCGUACUGAUCAGAGACCUGUAUGCCUUUUACCCUCUCCUCAUACGAUUUGUUGACUACAACAGGGCUCUGUGGCUGAAAGAGUCCAACCCAGAGGCUGAGGAGCUGUUCCGCAUGGUGGCAGAGGUUUUCAUCUUCUGGGCCAAGUCUCAUAACUUCAAGAGAGAAGAGCAGAACUUUGUGGUCCAGAAUGAAAUCAACAACAUGUCGUUCCUCAUCACUGACACCAAGUGUAAGAUGUCUAAGGGAAUAGUUUCAGACCAGGAGAGGAAGAAGAUGAAGAGGAAGGGAGAUCGGUACUCGAUGCAGACCAGUCUCAUCGUGGCCACUCUGAAGCGCCUGCUGCCUGUGGGUCUGAACAUCUGCGCGCCCGGAGAACAAGAGCUGAUCGCUCUGGCUAAGAACCGCUUCACACAGAAAGAUACAGAGGAUGAAGUUCGAGAGAUCAUCAAGAACAAUCUUCAUUUACAAGGAAAGCUGGAGGACCCAGCUAUCCGCUGGCAGAUGGCUCUGUACAGAGACCUCCCCAACAACUACGAGGACACCUCGGACCCUCAGAAGACUGUGGAGAGGGUCCUGGACAUCGCUCAUGUCCUCUUCCACCUAGACCAGGUGGAACAUCCUCAGCGCAGUAAGAAGGCCGUGUGGCACAAACUGCUGUCCAAACAGAGGAAGAGAGCUGUGGUGGCUUGCUUCAGGAUGGCACCACUCUAUAACCUUCCCAGGCACCGGGCUGUCAACUUGUUCCUGCAGGGCUAUGAGAAGUCCUGGAUCGAGGCAGAGGAACACUACUUUGAAGAUAAACUCAUAGAGGACCUCGCUAAACCAGGGGAGCAGGAGCUAUCUGAGGAAGAGGAGGGGCAGAAACACAUCGAUCCUCUGCAUCAGCUCAUCCAGCUGUUCAGCAGGACGGCCCUCACAGAGAAGUGUAAACUGGAUGAGGAUAAUCUCUACAUGGCCUACGCUGACAUCAUGGCAAAGAGUUGCCAUGAUGAAGAAGAUGAUGAUGGAGAGGAGGUGAAGAGUUUUGAAGAGAAAGAGAUGGAGAAGCAGAAGCUGCUGUAUCAGCAGGCGCGGCUACAUGACAGAGGAGCCGCUGAGAUGGUGCUCCAGACCAUCAGCGCCAGCAAGGGUGAGAUGGGGCCCAUGGUGGCCUCCACUCUGAAGCUGGGCAUAGCUAUUCUCAACGGAGGAAACUCUACUGUACAGCAGAAAAUGUUGGAUUACCUGAAAGACAAAAAGGAUGUUGGCUUCUUUCAGAGUCUGGCUGGUUUGAUGCAGUCAUGCAGUGUUCUGGAUCUAAAUGCAUUUGAGAGGCAGAACAAAGCAGAAGGACUGGGGAUGGUGACAGAGGAGGGAUCAGUCAUCACUCAUGAGCGUGGUGAGAAGGUCAUGCAGGAUGAUGAGUUCACCUGUGACCUUUUCCGCUUCCUGCAGCUGCUCUGUGAAGGGCACAACUCAGACUUCCAGAACUACUUAAGGACGCAAAUAGGGAACAACACGACUGUCAACAUCAUCAUCUCUACUGUCGACUACCUCCUCAGAGUACAGAAUGUGCCAGAAUACACCCACGACGCCGCGGUGCAGAUGGUCUCCAGGGGCACCACCCUCAGGGCAGCCCAAGAUGUUGAGAUGCUCCUUGUAGAGUGGCAUCUCAGCCCGAUGGCAGGGGGUGGCCACUGGCCCCGGUACAGCAAUUUCGACGUGCCGUACUCCUGA